CCGAUAUCACAAGGUAAACUGCCCACCUCUUCAAACAAAGGGUUGAUAUAAACAGGGAUUUCUUCUGCGUUUUGAUUUUUGAGAUAAUCCUUUAAACCAAGUUCCAUAGUUUGCAGGGUACGGCGCAUUGGAGAACAAACGAUGGCAUCAAUUGGAACGUUUUGGUCAGCGAGCUGCUUGGAUAGCCUUUUCGAUUGUUCUAUUCCCAAGUCUGUUAAAACAGGAUCACGAAUUGAAUGAUCUUCAUUGGGACCUACAUUAUGAAGUGCUUGUCCAUGGCGGAUUAAAUAAACAGUCUGUUCUCGUGUUGACUGUGCGUUUGAGGUAGACAUGUUCAAUGAGGUAUUAUGAAGAGUGGAAAGUUCAAAGCAGUCUGAGUAUGUGAAUUAACCACCUCACCACUUACCAAACUACUUCAUUCCUGAACCGAAUUCGCUAAACCACUGUAAAAAAAAAAAAAAAAAAAAAAAAAAAAAAAUUAUCAUAUUUUCGAACUUUGCUAAUGUAAUGGUGACACAAGUCAGAGUGGUAUGAAAGAAAACUCACUAAGAACACCCAAGGAUAGGAAAGCAAAAAGAAGACAGUGAGAUGUAGAGUAUUAAGAGGAUCCUGUGACCUACAAUUUGAACUUUCAAGAUAUAAAGCUAGUGUGUUUAGCAAAUGAACGAUUGACAUUGAACACAAGUCGAAACAUGUAUUCUAGUGAAUCAUUUUCUUCAUAAUUCGUUACGAGUAAAGGAUUAUUUGUAUUUGUUUAGUUUUUUUUUAUUGAAAAGGGAACAUGUUUAAGAGAAUCAGAGAAUUAGAAAAAGAAAGGUACUCCAGGAAAGAGAUGAAAACGCAUAUAUAUUCCAUAUUCAAAACAUAAGCACUAUCCAAGACAAGUUGCAUGCAUAAUAAUUAAUUAUAGUGUUAUUAAAUAGUAGUUUGGAGAGGUACUCUUAGAACCCGCGUCGCACAUCUGUGAUAAACAUAAAACCAGGUUUAUGAGAAUAAACCGGUUCUGGCAAUUUAGACAUCAUCACAACAUUUUGGGGUGUAACUCCACACCCCCAAAAGACAGGAACUUCAUCUUCUUCAAAUAGAACUGGAAACCCAUAGUCAGGUUGCAUGACAUUUUUGAUGCCAAGUUGUUUUGCACCAUCCCAGCCCCAAGCAAUUGGCUCACCAUGGCAGUCGGUAUAUGCGGCAGUAAUACGACGUACUAGGGGAAUAUCUUUUUCCUUAUAGGGACGCAUAGAAACAACAAAGGUACCAGAAAAUACUCCAGAUGGACAAAGAAGAAGAUUUGUAUUGAACAUAGGAGGAGGAUUUCCGCUAGGAAGAUGACGAGGGACUAAAUUAGCAGCGACAAGAGCCGCUUCAAAGGAAAAUGAACAGCCUAUUAAAAACCCCACAUACGAGCUACUCCAUUGAUUUGAGAUGGUUGUCAGUUCUUUGGUGAACUUGCCGUUGAUAUAUUCACAGUAAAAAGGAAUGUUGGUAGCUAAAUUAGCAUUGGUAGCUAGAGAUGACGGAAAAACCUGGGAAGGAUCACCAACAGCUGUUUCUCCAAGCAACGGACAUGGAACGGGAUUUCGAAGACACAAAUUACGAAAGUCAUCAGCAUAUUUAACCGGCAAGACUAGUAAAUUUGCCUGAACAUAACCAUCUGCCCAGCCAGUUGUGGACGUUGUGAAUUGACGUUUUCGAAUCAAUUGUCGAAUAUCAUCGGGAGAAAAUUUAGAACGACUCUUAUAAUUGGAAGCGUUUGUUGUGUCGUAACUUUGCUCUUCCUUUGGUAUGAUAUUCAAACCUUUUUGAACUGUAGAGAUGUCCAAAACGUUGUUCAUAUUGUAAUUGAAAUGAUUUUGCUCAAGAGAGACUACUAGGAUUCAGAAGAAGCUCGUCUUUACAAGCUGUUUUUCUCGUUUAAUAUCGUUACAGGAAUCAAAACAAGAAGAUUCUCUUUUUUAACAAUAUAUUACGAUUUCCAAAAAAAUUGUCGAGAUCCCAAUUUAUCGCUACUAUUUUUCAGACCUUUAUAAUGCGUUUCUUAGUACACCGUCGCACACUAUGCUGUUUAGCUCAAAUUGCCUUCCUCCACAAACAAAACCAAAGCAGCCUUGCUUUAGAGAAUAUGCUCUUUUUCUGUUUUUAUUCUUCCUUUAAAAUGAGAGAUUUCUUCCAUGACGGAGCUUGUUAUAACAAAGAUCAAUUUAAAUCUGACUAUCGUUGUUACUUUCGAAGUAACUGAUAGUUGCUCACCACUUGUCAGAUAUGGAGCUCCUUAUCGAUGAAAUAUAGAGCAGUGGAAAACGCGUCAGGUAGCUUGGUAUCUGGUGUGAGCCAUCGUAUUCUAUGAGGAGCUCAUGAUGAUUCAUAAUGAAAAGUUGGAGCAUCUUGGAGAUGCGACUAAUGUUAUAAACGUCUAAAGGAAACUUUGGUUCAAUUCAUAAAAAUUGAAGUUUUGUUUUAUUAAAGAAAGUAGGCUUUGAACCUUCUUAAGGAAAUCUAAAUUGUUUUUUCCUCGUUUUACAAAUAUCUUGCUUGGUUCGUGUACCUUGGAAACUGUAAUAAAUUGAACUUGACUGAUCGAUUGUUUGACUCAAAAAAGGAAAAGUAAUUGUUUAAAAACUGUGCUUGGAAAAAAAAAAAUGACAGAUCCUGAGUCUGUAAUGUCUUCUUACCCAAAGUCCAUAACAACAUCGACUCAAGAUGAUAUGGAUAGUAUGGAGAAAAAGCAGAAUGUACAGCAAAACAUCGAAAGCUUUGAGCCUGGAGAGGUAGAAAAUUUUAUUGACAAGAAUAUCGAAAAGGGUGCACUAAAAAAAAUGGACCUUGUUAUUUCACCCAUCAUUGGUUUUUUGUAUUUAAUGGCCUUUCUGGACCGCUCCAACAUUGGUAAUGCCUCUGUCGCUGGUAUGAGCGAAUCUUUAAAACUAUAUAAUGAACGGCUAAAUGUUGCCAUCAGUAUCUUUUAUGUCCUGUAUAUUCUUGUUGAAACACCCAGCGUCAUUUUAGUAAAGCAUGUGCGGCCUUCUCGAAUGCUGGCCUUCAUUUCCUUAGCAUGGAGUGUUGUGGUCCUAUGCUCUGGCUUUGUUUCUAGUUAUGGUGGUCUCAUUGUCACCCGUCUUAUUCUCGGUAUGUUGGAGGGCUGCUUGUUUCCUGCCCUAAAUCUUUACUUGACUACUAUCUAUACGAGAGAAGAACAGUGCCAACGUCUGUCGUAUUUGUUUUGCGCAUCUGGUUUAGCUGGUGCCUUUGGUGGCCUCUUUGCUUAUGCUCUCGAACAGGUCCGUGCUGGAAACAAAGCUGGAUGGCAGUGGAUUUACAUUGUAGAAGGAUUAAUUUCUUUUAUAGGAGUUCCGCUUUCUCUAUUUUUACUACCUGACAAUAUAGAGAAAUCCUGGUUCCUGAACAAGCAAGAAAGACGAGUUGCCCGUCUUCGUAACGAAGCAAAUUUAAGAUAUCUCGGUGAACAAGAAUUUGAAUGGAAAGAAAUUCAUAAAGCGUUUAAAGAUCCCAAGGUUUAUGUUUCUGCUGUUAGUCAGUUUUGCGCAGAUAUGGUUUUAUAUGGCUUUUCCUCCUUCUUACCAACCAUUGUAAAAGGUUUGGGGUACACGGGUCUUCAGUCAAAUUACAUGACAAUCCCUGUUUAUAUUGCAGGUGUUCUUGCUUUCCUUGUCGCUGCUUAUGCAUCUGAUCGUACAAAACUUCGUUCACCCUUUUUAAUCAGUGCUUCCCUUAUAUUAGCGAUCGGCUACAUUAUUCUCAUAGCAAGUAAUUCAAACGCGGCAAAAUUCACAGCUUGUUUUAUCGUAGCCAUCGGUUGCUAUAUCGGUCCAGGAAUGAAUUUGGGUUGGCUCAAUAACAACGUCGCUGGACAUUACAAACGAGCGACUGCUAUAGGAAUUCAACAAACCAUAGCUAAUAGCUCCGGUAUCGUUGCUGGUCAAAUUUAUCGAUCCACGAGUGCUCCUAGAUAUAUCCUGGGUCAUUCUUUUACACUCGGUUGCGUUGUGGUCGGCUUAAUCAGCUACAUUGUUUUAUUUUUUUCCUUAAGACAUUCUAAUAGAAAGCGUGAUGAACGCUGCGCCCGUGGUGAAUUUGAUCCCACUUUGACCGGUGAUUAUGCCGAUGACUUCCGUUACUUUUUAUAAACUAUGGCUGUCCAUUUUUCAUGCACAUAUCCCUGUUUGUUGUUACGAGUCGUUUCUGUUUACUUUAUCUUAUUCCUGUGUCAUGACUUCAAGGUUCAUUCUUGGCCUUUUUCCCUUUUGUACAUUAAAUUAAUCAUAUAUCAAUGUCAUCUAAUAACGAAUAUAGUUUUUCUUUUACGCAGAAAUGUGUUUUCCGAUAAUUUAUUGAAUUAAGUCUAUAAUUAUGCGAGUAGAGUCAGUCAUUUCAAAU